GUUACAAGCACAGCUUGCUACUCAAUAUCGUUUGAAUAAUACCUUGGGAAAUCUGGCUGAUUUACACACUGGAUUGUCAAACUUGUAACCUUUAAAUGCCCUUAAUGUAUUGUGUCACAACUUCAAGUUAGAAGAAGAAAACAGCAAAUUAUUUGAAUUGAUCUGCAAUCAUCCAAAUCAAUGCAGGCAAGUACAAUCGCCAUCAUUUUGACAAGUUUUGGAUCUGACCCUGGAAUGAAUUAAUAUGGCAAGAAAUUUUGCUUUCCUUGUAGGGAACUAAAGAGAAUGAUCUUUGAAUUCCAUUGCAAUCAUUAACUACUGAUGACAGCAUUCCAGAGCAUUUUAUCAAGGAAACUACAAUACUAUCACAAUACUGGCCUUGUGAUUGUAUUCUCAGUCAACAUUACAUGAAUGCAUAAGGACGUACACUGUAUAACCAGAGGAUUGUUAAAAAAGAGAGAUGUUACUGAAAUGUUUGUACACUUCUGUUAUUUGAAGGAGUAACUUGUGAUUAUUAGUACAACUUUGUCCAAUUGCUUAGUGUUUGGUUUUAGACUGAAAGACUUUCAGUGAGUACAAAUCGUAGAAGAUGCAUGAAAGACAAUACUUGGAUUUAACAGUGAUUAUCAAAUACAUUCAAAAUUACCGUAGAUUGUGGAAUUAAUAACAUGUUGGACACCCCUGGACACUCUAUUAUGAUUAACUUUACUAGCAAGUUGGGCAACAGUUCCAGUCUUGGACCAAGUGAUGUUGAGCGAGUCUUAGUACCCAUAUUUGACAGCUUCAUCCUUGUAACUGGGGUUGUUGGACACAUUCUGGUUCUCAUCAUUAUUUGUCGUACAAUGCGGCAAGGACAUGGACAGAUUAGUGGAGGCAGGACAGGAGGAAUCCAACAAACAAACGCAAAUGGAACAGACGUUCUUCUUUUGUCAUUAAGCGUGGCGGAUCUGUUGCUACUGUCUUGUCUUCCCUAUCACACAGUCGCCAUCGCAACCCAUCACUGGCCCUUUGGUAGCUUCAUGUGCAAGUCUGUGAGCUUCCUGAGUGCGAUGUGUACCUCUGCGAGUGCCUUUACGCUGGCGGCUUUGGCUUUUGGACGAUACAUAAUCGUGGUCCAUCCAUCAAAAGCAUACCGAUGGCGCAGAGAGGGAUAUUUAAAAGUAGUUGCAGGUGUACUUUGGAUACCAGCUAUCGUCUUGGCAUCGCCUCAGUUUGCUUGGCGGACACUGAUGUCAGGGCCAGAUGACCGUGAAUCCCGUGAGGACUUGGCAUGUUUCAAUUUCCUCUCUGACAAGGACCAGAUGACAUACGGAGUGUGUCAUUUCUUACUGGCCUUUGCCUUUCCACUUGGGAUUAUUGUAACAGCCUACACCAAUAUCUACCAUUUCCUCAAAGGCACUAGACAGGGCCGUACAAGCCAGAAUGAUCGUUUGGAACACUAUCACAUGCAGGUAACCCAAACAUCAGCACUGUUAGUGCUUGCUUUUGCAUUGUGCUGGCUGCCCUCCUAUGGUUUGAUGUUUGCCCAAAUAGCUGAAAGUGAUGUGGUUGGUCCUUUACCACACUUUGGACCUUUUGCUACAUUUGCUCGAAUCAUGGCAACCUCUUCUACUGUGGCUAACCCCAUUCUCUACGUUUUCAUGUCAGAGAAAUUCAGGAAGGAACUAAUGAAUCUGGCUCAAGGAUGCUAUGGAAGCAGAGCCUCCUAAAUACAAUGGGAUUCCACAGUGUUUUCCAAUCGUACCUCUUGUCAAAGUCCAAUCCCAUAGAAAUUCAGCCUGAUCUCUUAUUACAUGGUCCAUUACAUGUAUUGCGGCAGUUCUAAAGUGAAAUGUACACUGUGUGGCGCUAAAAGUGAGUUAUCCCAACUGAUGAGGUUCUUAAGGUUAAUGAUGUAUUGAGUUCUAAAUCAACAAAACCUACUUCCCCACCUUAAACCUAAAGCACAUGUGAGAUUAAAUCAGAUGUUUAGUAAGUUUAAUGCUGGGUCCUUUGCGUCAAAUGUGCAACACUCAAUCAGUUAAGCAACCUGGCAACUUGAUCGUGCUUGAAUAAGCUUGUAGCUAUAUGAAGUUGGUUGUGUAAUGCAAACAUUAAUAUGCAUUGCUGUACAAGUCAUGCACUGUAGUAAAAGUCUUUUGGUGUCAUGAAAAGUCAUUGUGUGAGGAACAGUGCAAAAAGUUUUAUGAACUGAUAAUUUGUUGUUUUACUCGUGAUUUGUGUUAAAGUGAAUUUAAGUCAUUGUAGCACCUCUUAGUGUUUAUUUCACCAGGUCACUGCUGCGAUACAUAUUUUUGCAUCAUUUUGCAAAGGUAGUUAUGGUAAUGUGAUUCUAUGAGACCAGGUUGAAGAAAUUCCACUGGCUGGCAAAAUUUAUUUUGGGUACUCUGUUUGGUACCUGAUUAGAAAACCUACAAUAAUCACUUGUUACUGUAAUAUGCAAUCUUAACCAUCAGAAUUCAACUAAUUCAAACUAAUAUCUUAAAUUAUAUAUUACAUUAUAUAGCAAAGCUUAUAAUGGUAAAAUUAACCAUUUUUAUUUCUUUGUGUUUUCAUUCUUGUGAAGGCAUGUGGUUAGCAAGCUAACCAAUUAGCCUGACAGCUUAACAUACCACUAACUGAUUAGCUUGCUAACCUAGAAAACUCUUUACAGUUUAUCUGCAUGAGUAAAUGAUUUGGAUCAGGCAUUGCAAACUAUCCUUAUGUAAAGGUAGAAUUUUUAUGGGAUUUGGAAUGACAUGAACGGACCUUUUAAAACUUUUUAAAAGCAAAUGGACAUUAUUACUGAACAUUGUUAGUCCUCCAUUAAAAAAGUUGUUUACAGACUUAAAUGUACUGCAUAUAUGUGUUAGUAAUGAGUAUUAUGUUUAACAUUUCAUUUGAGACAAAUUUUCAAAAUUUCCAUUCAUGUAUAACAAAUGCUAAGAUUCUUUUAGGAGACAUGUUGCAUCACAGAUUCACAUUUCACCAUCAGCACAAUGUUUUAGGGUGUUUUAAAAAU